CGUGCAAUCAAAUUUCAAAAAAAAAUUGAGUCUUUUUUGAGAUGAAAAUAAAUCUUGACAUUUCAAGCUUAGGAGUUUCGAAAAUUUCUUAUUAUUCAAACAAAUAUUUGUAUUUGAUUUGUGUAAUUUGUUAAACUUCAAAUUUGCUUAAUAUGUUUAUCUAAAAUAAACAAUGUCCGAAAACUGUGAUAAAAACUUAGAAACUAUUCAAAAUCAAGAAAAUAACGAUGAAAAAAUUAAUGAUAAUGAUCAGGAGUGUAAGUCGGAUGAAUUUUACGAACAUGCGAAAAAGUAUUGGGCUAAAAUACCAGCCACAGUUGAUGGAAUGUUAGGGGGUUUUGGAUUUAUAUCCGACACAGAUAUUAAAGGAUCUCGUUUAUUCUUAAAAUCAUUAUUCAAUCUUAACAAUGGUCCGGACAGAGAUCGGGCAUUGGAUUGUGGUGCUGGUAUAGGUCGUAUUACUAAACAUUUGCUAGCCCCUAUUUUUAAAAAAGUAGAUAUGGUCGAACAAAAUCCUAAUUUUAUUAAAAACUCAUUAAAUUACAUCGGAAAAUAUGAGCAUAAAAUUGGUGAGAAAUUUGUAGCAGGUCUACAAGAAUUUGUACCUAAAGACCAAUACUACGACGUUAUUUGGUGUCAAUGGGUUUUGGGGCAUUUAAAGGAUGAACAUUUACAUCAAUUUUUAACUCUGUGUCAAUCCGGUUUAAAGAAAAAUGGAGUAAUAGUAAUCAAAGAAAAUGUAACAUCUUCAGAUCAAGUUGAAAUGGAUACUGAAGAUUCAUCUGUAACAAGACCACAUUCACUUUUAGUAAAAAUUUUUGAAGAAUCAAAUCUACAAAUCCUUAAAGAUGUGAAACAAACAAAUUUUCCCAAAGGAUUGUAUGGAGUACAUAUGUUUGCGUUAAAAUCUAAGACAGUGAAAUCUGAAGUAAAUUUACAUGAAAAAUUAAACCAAUUAAAUGUCAAUGACUAAGUCACUGUAUAUAA